ACUUUGUGAUGGUCUUAAGGCCUAAUUUUGGCAGACAUACGUUUUAAUAGUUUCAACAUGCUUUUACAGAAAGAUGGUCAUAGAGCGCUCGGCUACAAGAUAAAAUAUUCAGUAAGUAACGCAGCUCGACUUACACAAACAAACUGUGCUGUGGUGCAUCCAGUGUGAAGUUCAACUGGAGAGCCUUGAUCAUCACGGUAAGGGGGGCUGAGUAUUUAGACCAGCCUCCUUGUUUUGCACCAGAUGUCCCUGGGAGAGCCAGAGUAGCUGCUGAAGGUAGAGAAGAGUGAGCUUUUUAUGUUGUCAGGAUGGCCAGGUGGAAUGUGUGGCGCAGCCCUGCGAUGCUGCCCCUGUGCUGGAUAGAAGCGGGGACAGCAUCAGGUGUGCGCUGCAGCAGCAGUGUUCCGGUGGUCAGACAGGCCUACUCAGAGAGCGGCAGCAUUGUCAGGCCUUUCAGUGAGAUUCCUGGACUGUGGAAGAAUGGCGUGGCCAACUUAUACAAUUUCUGGAAACUGGAUGGCUUCAGAAACCUUCACCGUAUCAUGUUGCAGAACUUCAAAACGUUUGGACCCAUUUACAGAGAAAAAAUAGGUUAUUAUGAAAGUGUAAAUAUCAUCAGUCCUGAAGAUGCUGCUAUCCUCUUCAAAGCUGAGGGCCAUUAUCCCAAAAGGCUGAAAGUUGAAGCCUGGACAUCAUACAGAGACUACAGGAAUCGCAAAUAUGGAGUUUUACUCAAGAAUGGAGAAGACUGGAGAUCAAACCGUGUGAUUCUCAACAAGGAGGUGAUUUCCCCGAAGGUGCUGGAAAAUUUUGUGCCUUUACUGGACGAAGUGGGCGAGGAUUUUGUGGCCAGAGUGCACAAAAAGAUCAAGCGAAGCGGGCAGAACAAAUGGACCACUGACCUUUCUCAAGAACUCUUUAAAUAUGCACUAGAGUCGGUGAGCUCAGUGCUGUAUGGCGAGCGUUUGGGUUUGAUGCUGGACUACAUUGACCCUGAAGCUCAACAUUUCAUUGACUGCAUCACCCUCAUGUUCAAGACUACUUCACCCAUGCUGUACAUCCCUCCCGGUCUGUUGAGACAGAUUGGAGCAAAGGUGUGGCGGGACCACGUGGAGGCUUGGGAUGGGAUCUUCAACCAAGCGGACCGCUGCAUCCAUAACAUCUACAGGCAGCUACGUCAGGAGACUGGCACUCCAAAGAAAUACCCAGGAGUGCUGGCCAGCCUGCUCAUGCUGGACAAGCUGUCCAUCGAAGACAUCAAGGCCAGCAUCACUGAACUAAUGGCUGGAGGAGUUGAUACGACUUCAAUAACGUUGCUGUGGACACUGUAUGAACUUGGUAGACACCCCAGCCUCCAGGAGGAGCUGAGGGCGGAGGUGGCCGCAGCUCGGGCUGAAAGCCAGGGAGACAUGAUGGAGAUGCUGAAGCGGAUUCCACUGGUCAAAGGGGCUUUGAAGGAAACAUUGAGGUUGCACCCGGUUGCAGUCAGCUUGCAAAGAUACAUAGCAGAAGAUAUCAUUAUUCAAAACUACCACAUCCCAGCUGGGACUCUGGUCCAGUUAGGGCUGUAUGCAAUGGGCAGAGACCCCAAAGUGUUUUUUCGUCCGGAGCAGUAUCAGCCCUCCCGCUGGCUGAGGACGGAGACGCACUACUUCAGGAGCCUGGGCUUUGGUUUCGGCCCCCGUCAGUGUUUAGGACGGAGAAUAGCUGAGGCGGAGAUGCAAAUCUUCCUUAUCCACAUGCUUGAGAACUUCAGAGUGGAGAAACAGCGCCAUGUGGAAGUGCAGAGCACCUUUGAGCUCAUUCUCUUACCAGACAAGCCUAUAAUAUUGACUUUGAAGCCUCUGGAUACUGCUCGGUAACACUGAGUUUGAGGGAAAAUUGUGAUAAGCAUAAGGCUUAUUUCUGUAGCCUUAAUUGCAAAGGGCUUCACAAAGCACCACAAAAUAAACACUAAAUAAAAUGCUGAUGGAGACCAAGAAAAAAAUAUUAGGAAAGAAAAAGCUAAAAAUGUGCAUGAACAAAUUACCUCAGUAAUUCCAUAAUGUUGAAUUACUCAUUAAUAAAGAAAUGAUAUACACUGUAUAUUACCUAUUGAGUAAUGAUGGAAAUGUUUAGUCUGUAUGUAAAAUAUAUUGAAACGGAAUGUACAGAUGUAUCUUUAUUCCAAAGUAUUUAAAAAUACCUAUCUAUAAUAUCUAUACAAACCAGCGAUGAGUAAAACAAUACAACUGAAUUCCAAAUAUGUCUUGUAAUAUUUAGUUUUCUCACAUAUUUUAACUUCUGAAUAUAUUUAUUGGACUGGAAAAUAUGAAAAUAAAUGUGAAACUAUCUUGGAACAUUAAA